AUGUCCGUCCUCUACCCCCGCGCCGCCAAGGACACGCCCGACAUCGACGUGCUGUACCCUCCCAAGGGCGGUGCGAGCUACCCUGUCGCUGCUGGUCUCCCCGAGUCGGCGCGCAAGAUGCUCCCCGGGUCGAUCGACGACAUUGUCGAGGGUCAGCCCAACUUUUACCUUGCGAGCCACUACGCCUCGACACGUAUCUUUAACAAGAUCACGCGCCGUGUCGUUGUCGGUGGUGCGCCGCCCAUCCCCCCUGCGCGCCGCCGUCGCCCCUUCCCUGUCGUGCUGGUUCACCCUGCUCUGCUCCCCGGAGCCGUGGAGAAGAUCCCCUUCUUCACUCCCGUCGACCUCAGCCGCAUCCCCCCGCCAGUGUACCGUCUCCUCGAUGCCACCAACCGCAUCGCCAACGUUGUCAACGAGAACCUGGCGCUCGGCAGCCCCGAGGUGCAGAAGUACCUGUACGAGUUUGACGGUGACCUUCCCCCCUUCUUCUUCAACGGAUCGCAUCACGCCACGGAGCGCCGUGGUAUCUGUGCGUCGGGCGCCCCCCAAGAGGCACUGCUCGCUUCUUGUUCUUACGUCGCCCACUCCUAUCGUUCCUCUGCUGAUAUCUAUCCAAGGGGAUUGAAGGAGUGUGACCGCUGCGCCGCCGACCCAGACCACACCGGCUCGUGCGUGUUCGCCACGCUCGGCCGUGCGGCGUGGUCGGCGACCCCCGCGUUCGCCCUCCGUUGCCUGUGGUCGAUUGCCGACAACGAGCCCACGACCUUCUCGUUCAAGACUUCCGAGGGCGUCGAGGUGAAGAACGUCGAGCUGUUCGCCCGCAUCAUCGACGAGCCCACGAAGGCCGCCAACGGCGACGACAAGCCCGCGCCCGUCACCUUCGAGUCGACCGUGUGGUGGGACGGUAAGGACCCCAAGCCUGUCGUCGCCGACAACAGCCACUACAAGGGUCCCCAGACCAAGGGCGUCCCCGCUGCCGCCAAGGAGGAGAAGUCGACCAGCCAGGUCCAGGUGUUUGUGCCGCUCCGCCCCGAGGUCCAGAUCGGCGUGCCCUUCAAGGGCAAGGGUGUCGGCACUGGAAUCCAGUCGCUCGCCCCCGAGACGGACAAGGAGGACGCCCACGACCCCAAGAACCUCCAGGUGAUCCUCAAGGAUCAGUCGAAGCUUGGCCUCAUCACCGUUCCCCCCGUCCCGACCUUCACAGAGAAGGUUGAGCCCGCGCUCCCAGUCCUCAACCUCGCCGAGCUCGUCGUGGCGCCCAAGGCGUCCGCGGCCCCCGCUGCCGCCCCGAGCCUGGUGCGCGACCUGGCGGCCGUGUUCGACUCGCACGCCGAGAGCGCGCGCGUGGCGCUCACGACGAGCGUGUACCACGCGCGGGUGGAGCACGCGUCCAAGGUCGAGGAGGCGCGUGUUGCGUUCGAGGCGCAGAUCAAGGCCGCCGACGCCGGGUACAUCACCAAGGUGGAGUCUGCGCGCGCCGAGCACGCCGCCGGCGUCGAGGAGCACAACCGCCGCGUGCGCGCCGUCGCCGCUGCCGUCGGCCAGAUUGGGCUCAUCGCUGCCAACUAG